CGAAGAUAAUAAUUGCGUCUUCGUCCAAUCCGUAAUGGGCAGGCCAUCAUCAAUCAUCGAGAUACCAAAUCGACGACACCGUUCCGACCGUGAAAACGGCCGCCACUCCCCGAAUUCCGACUCUUCCGGUGACUAUCGGCGCUACCGCCGCAGCCCUAGCUACGACAGGUAUGACGGUCGCGACUACCGACGUGACCGCUCGAUUUCUCCGGAGCACCCAAACCCUAGGCAAAGCCCUAGGUCUAACGGAAGACACGACGAAUUGCCUAAAAGAUUCGGGCGUGGAGGGGAUCGCAGGGGUCGCAAUGGAACGCUGUCGGAGUCUGAGGAAUCCGAUGAGGAGCUGAAGGGGCUAAACUACGAGGAGUAUAGGAGACUCAAAAGGCAGAAGAUGAGGAAGGCGUUGAAGAAAUGCAUCUGGAAUGCCACGCCGAGCCCACCCAGGGGUGAGAACGACGACUUUGUAUUGGACGACAAAGCCGACGAGAUUUCCGUCGAGCGUGAUGAGGAAAAGAGCGAUUCAAGCGAGAAAGAGAGAGCGAAAGGGAAGGCAAUAUCUGAAUCCCGUCCUGAGAGGUUGCGAAGCGUUGAGUCUGAAUCGGAAUCAGAGGACUCGCGGUCGAGGAUGAGGAGGAAAAGUUCGAGUUCUUCUAAGCGCAAAAGUAGGAAAUCAUCUUAUAGCGAUAGCGAAACAGAGAGCGAUUCAGAGAGCGAGAGUGAAUCUGACGAGGAAGAUGAUCGUAGACGGAGAAAGAGGUCGAGGAAUAAAAGGAGUAGCAGGCGGUAUAAGAGUAGCAGGAGAAGUAGCAAUAGAAAAAGGAAUAGGAGGAGGAAGAGUAGGCGUAGCGAUUCUGAGGAUAGCGAAGAAAGUGAGAGCGAUGAUUCUGAUUCUAAAGAAAGUAUUUCUUCGGAAGACCGUGUGAAUUCGAAGAAGAGCAAGCGAAAUCGAUCGUCGAGAUCAUCAAAGUCCAAUCGGAAUAAGAAGAAGAAAAGAGAAUCUGAGAAUGAGAGUGAGUCUUCGCAUUCCGAGGAGAACCCGGAUUCUGAAGUUGACGUUAAUGGUAAAGCAAAAGUGGAGGAGACUAUAAAUGACGAUGGUGAUGCUGAGGCCCUGAAAUUCAUGGAGAUGAUUGAGGCUCAAAAGAAGCCCGCGUUGGAUAACGAACCCAUUGUUGGUCCUCAGCCACUGCCAAAAGCUGAAGGGCAUAUCAGCUAUGGUGGUGCACUUAGGCCUGGUGAAGGUGAUGCCAUCGCGCAGUAUGUUCAGCAAGGGAAGCGUAUUCCUCGUAGAGGUGAAGUGGGUCUUUCUGCAGAGGAGAUUCAGAAGUUUGAGGGCCUUGGCUAUGUGAUGAGUGGUAGUAGGCAUCAGAGAAUGAAUGCAAUUCGUAUCAGAAAAGAAAACCAAGUUUACAGUGCUGAAGACAAGCGCGCAUUGGCCAUGUUUAACUAUGAAGAGAAGGCAAAGCGUGAGCGUAAGGUUAUGGCUGAUUUGCAGCGGUUAGUCCAGCGCCAUAUCGGGCAGGAUGUUGGUCCUACUCACGAUCCUUUUGCUGUGAACGGUGCUGAUACCUGAUGUCAUAUAUUCCCUAGCAUGAUUGAUGCUCCUUUUGCUUAAUUUUUCUGCACGAAGCUCACCUUAAAGUUUCCAUUAUGUCUCUCAGACUUUAUCAUUCACCAUUUUCUUUCUGGGGGAACAUUUCCAUCAUAUACAUGAAUAAGCAUGGUGCCAGUGUGAGCCACUGGGUUAAAUGGAUCAAGAACAAGAUUUUGGAGAUUGGAGUAUACUUUUGGUUUGAAUUAAUUGCUUUAUAAUUAUACACAAUGAAGAAGGGUGCUGGAGCAAAAAUCUGGUUAGUUAUUAUUAUUAUUAUUAUUAAAAAAAAAAAAAAGAUAUUUAAAGUAGUAAACUGCUCCCACUGAUAAGGAACUAAAAGAAGAACUGAUGAAAAGGACAUAUAUUGGCGUAAGAAAUUGGGGAUGAAAAGACAAACAUUACGUUGACUGCAGAACCACAUAUGGAUAUGUCUUUGGAAAGCUACUACAGGUUUUGUUUAGGAAUGUUGACAUUAUUUAGUUGUUUGUAUGUAUGCUUUGAAAUGCAGACUGGCAGUCUUGUUUAGUUACAUGCUAAAAGGCAAGAAACACAGUCCCAAUGGAUCUUGUUGGUUUGUGUUAUUUCUCUGUCUAGAAAUUUUUGUUAGAAGUGAAAAUUUUGAGAUAGGAACGAGGAAAUAUAUCAAUUGAAGUUUCAUUAGAAUGAAAAGAAGGAAAUUUGGAUAACUGAAAUA